UCAGUACGAACCAGUUACUGGUUAAGUUUACAUCAUGUUUUGUGUAUGGAAAUCUAAAAGGUCCUUUGACCAGUUGGAGAUUCCCUAUCUGCCAAGAAAUAACAAGUGUGAGAAGAUGGGUGCUGAGGAGAGCAAGGCAUACAGCCCAGUCAGCUCUAGAACAUCUAGUGUCAGGAGCUGUCCUGGGAUAGACUUCCCUAACCACUGUAGAAGGGAACAAAGGGCCUGGAGUCUGCUGCAUCAGUGCACACUAGAGAAAUGGAAGGAGGGACAUGCAGAUGCUGCUGGUUUUAAAGACACAAUGCUCAACUGUGAUGGCAGCAUUCAUAAAGACUGUAGCCCUGCUUUCUGUAUCAACCGCCAAGGCAUCAUUAACAUCAACAAGACGUCAUCAAUCUUCAGUUUCAGACGACGUAGCAAAUUCACAAAAAUGGCGGAACAUUUUGAGUAUAAUCACAUCCCUGCUCAAUUAUCAUCUGUGCAGAACUUUCACGUGAAAAGUGUGCUUGGAUUCCGUGCAAACCUUGUCGUGCUUCACUUGGUGCGUAACAUGGCCACACAGUUUGGCUUAUUAGAUAUCAAAGACAAUAAGUUCAAAGGUGUUUUUGGGAAGAAGUCAGUUGAGUUCAACAAUGAUGUCGUUACUGCUGCUCUAAGUCCAGAUAAUUGUUUCUGUCUCAUUAAAGUGCCAUAUAAGACUGGUAGCAUCUACAAACAUCGCCUGGAAUUAUACAACAUUGAGUCAAAACAGCAUAUAACUAUGGUAAGCAGUUAUGAUCUGCCUGGGGAGCAUGCCCAUUUUUGUUUUGAUCCCCGGUUUAGCAGCUCCAGGAUUGCAGUCACAAAUAUCUUCCCAGAUCAAGUUAAUAGUCUCUCUCUGGUACAAACAGAUAAUUGGUCAAUUUUGGCGACAAAUACUCGCGUGGAUGACACACGUCAAGAACUUUAUCCAAACUUGACAGAUCUGAUGUACACCAAAGAUGGAACUCUAGUCGUUGCUAUAGUGCUUGACCUCACGUGUCACUGUAGGGAAAAGAAGACCAUGAGGAAUUAUCGCCCAGUCGACGUGUCAGUUUUCAUUUUUAAUGCUGAUACAACCUCAACCUUACACUGUAUGAAGUACAAACGAUAUACAUGUGGCCAGCAUCUGUGUCCAGUGAACUAUAUGCCAAUAUUCUCCCAAAGUAGCAAUAGGAUCGGCAUCGUGGCCAAUAUCCCGGACAUUCCUGAUCGGCAUUAUGUACAGGUGUACAAACUACCCGCUCAAAUAAACCUCCAAAGCUUGUGUAGAAUUGUCAUUCUGGACACUUUUAAUUCGGAUGCUGUCCCCAAACUUCCCCUACCCCCAAAGUUGAUCAACUAUCUCAACUUUGUGCCUGAGUUUCACUAGGUCCAACCCUCACAUUUUGUAAAUGAGGUCCACUUCAGUAGGUCAUGCCAGAAACGGUCUGAAAUAGGAGCUGAAUAUUUGGAACAUAGGAUCAAUAUUAUAUGUAGAACAAUAUAUGGUGCAAUUUAACAUUUGCAGUAUCUGUCAGAUGUGCUUAUAUUAUAUAGUUAUUGUAAGCGUAAACAGCAUAGCAUCUCUGUAAGUUGUACAUGUUUUUGUUGACAAAGAAAGUGUAACAUGUACGCUUAAGAUAAUAGACAAAUUAAUUCCAUUGCUAAUGGAUAGGGAACGAAGAUCAAUGCCAAGAUAAUACAUGUGAAAUAUACAUUCUCUGUAAUGUCAAUAUUUGGAAUUGCCAACUGACAUGGG